CCAAUCUCCGUGUCGUCCGACCUUGCAGUUGUUCUUAGGCGUUCUCGGGUGUUUUUCGAACCUGGGGGAGUUCGCCCUUCCGGUAAAUAACUAUCCCAAUCAACGGCCAAUCGGCGUGUGAGCAAGACUGACGGAGGAAUUAAGAGGAUCAAAUUCGAGUAUAAUCAACCGCAGCUGUAGGGGGUGAUUGUGUUUCAGCGAGAACGAAAAACUUCACCAGUGAGAAGCCACGCGGUCGACAGACCUGAAUCGGUUUCGGACUCGCACCGACCCUUGAUACCAAGGUUAUCGUUAUAAGUGGCCGAGCGACGAUAUCACCAAGAAGCGAGGACAAUUUUUUCUCACGGUACCUCUCUGAUCUCUGCUCGGAGGAUCGACGCUGAAUACCUGCAAAAGCGAAAGCUCAGACUGCGAGAAGCAUACCGAUUGAGUUGUACCGGUUUCGUUGACGCACAAUGGAGAGAUUAACGCCAGGUAUCAAGUUGACAGCGGAAUUGUUAGUGUGUAAAAAGUAUAAGUUGUAGUUGCCUUAAAAAAAUAACAAAAUUGAAAAGCAAACACCGUAUACACAGUUAGCAUUAAAUAGAAGCAGUACGAAACUUUUCUUCUAAAAAAAAUCUCGACGGGUUCAAUUUUGUACGAAAAUAAUUAUUCGAGUAUAACGGUGUACGACGUGAGCGAGGAGUUGUUAAACGUUAAUAAUUUCUUAUCUUCGAAGUUGUAAACGACGGGUGAUGGUUGUCGAAAGUUGGUUUAAAUUUGGUAAUAAGAAAUUUUGAAAUAAAGUGGUAACCUUACGUGUAAUUAAUAACGUGAUACCUGCGUGCCAAGUAAUUAGGAUUAUAAAUUAUACGAGCGUCGACACAGACGCCUAACUGUAAAGAAACAAAAAAAUAUGAGAAUAGUAGAGUCUCGACGACGACCCAAUAAUAUCGUCAGAAAGUGAGAGUGAGAUUAGCGUCCGUCCACCGAUAGAGCUCCAAAGGAAUUCUUCGAGGGUUCGAAAGAUCCGCAGACACGCGGACUAACUCAGGCAGCGUGGAGCGCUCAGGGAGUGCGUGGCCGCGCGCCGCGGAACUUUGCUUCUAUCAGCCAGGGUGCGCUUUCCUGACCUACUACAGCCGAGACAGCGCGAUCAGCGCCCAGGACGCUCUACAUGAAAAGCGGACUUUACCAGGGAUGAACCGUGCUAUUCAAGUGAAACCGGCGGACAGUGAAAACCGCGGAGACAGAAAGCUGUUCGUGGGAAUGCUAAGCAAGCAACAGACAGAAGAGGAUAUCAGACAGUUGUUCGCGGCAUUUGGUACAAUAGAAGAGUGCACGAUUCUCCGAGGACCAGACGGCACCAGCAAAGGCUGUGCAUUUAUCAAAUUUUCGUCGCAUCAAGAAGCACAAGCGGCGAUCAACACUCUACACGGUAGCCAAACUAUGCCGGGUGCGUCAUCCAGCUUAGUGGUAAAGUACGCCGACACAGAGAAAGAGAGACAAUUGAGACGCAUGCAGCAAAUGGCUGGAAACAUGAGCCUCCUCAACCCGUUCGUCUUCAACCAGUUUGGCGCCUAUGGCGCGUAUGCUCAGCAGCAGGCAGUUCUUAUGGCAGCAGCCACCGCACAGGGUACUUAUAUCAACCCGGCAAUGGCCGCCCUCGCUGCUGGUCAACUGCCUCACACACUGAACGGCAUGCCCAACUCCGUAGUACCGCCAACUUCAGGUGCAGGUGCGGGGCAACCGGUUAACGGGGCGAUACCUUCGCUACCUUCACCCACGAUGCCGAACUUCAACAUGGCAGCGCAGACGCCGAACGGCCAACCCGCUGGCUCGGACCCAGGAGUCUACACCAACGGGAUACCCCAGACAUACGCGGGACAUGCCCUUCAUUUGUCCAUUCCAGCCCAGGGACUGCCCAACGGGGACGCGGCGCUGCAGGCGCACGCUGCCGCAUAUCCGACCAUGCAGCCCUACGCCGGAGUCGCUUACCCAGCCGUCUAUGGACAGUUUCCACAAGCGAUUCCGCAGCCGAUGACCGCGGUACCUCCAACGCAGAGAGAAGGAUGCUCUAUCUCAGGACCCGAGGGCUGCAACCUGUUUAUCUACCACCUGCCCCAAGAGUUCGGCGAUCCGGAGCUUAUGCAGAUGUUCAUGCCGUUCGGGAACGUCAUUUCAUCAAAGGUCUUCAUCGAUCGCGCCACCAACCAAAGCAAAUGCUUCGGCUUUGUCUCAUUCGACAAUCCGGCGAGUGCACAGGCGGCGAUCCAGUCGAUGAACGGCUUCCAGAUUGGGAUGAAGCGGCUGAAGGUCCAACUGAAAAGGCCCAAGGAUGCCAACCGGCCGUACUAACCCACGUCCUAGCCUAGACAAUCUGGCCGGGUCGCGCCCUACGUCAUAAGCUACAGGAUGCUGCACGAUAGAGCGAGCCCUACGGACGCUCGACGAUCAGAUGUGAUGAGUUUGAAUCAUCGCUACGAUGUUCCCCACCGUAACAACCUAGUAUACUAGUUAGUUAAUUCUUAGAGGUUAGUAGAAAGCUUAAUUAUUACCUACCCAAGAAUGACACAAGGGUCGAGGAGGAAUGUGGAAUUAGGAUAUGGGAAGAUUAUUUAUAUCACAUAUACCACUAACAUAUUAAUAAAUAAUUAUACUCUCAUACUAAUAACUUAUUAUACCAAUUAUUAUGAUAUAAGUGACGCAAGGAGCAUAUACAGGUGCUGCGCUUUCGCGCAGGUGACAGCUAGUCAUUACAUUGUACGAUAAGCCGAUCAAUUUUUUUUCUCAUAACAUGACAUUAUAAGGUAUAGUAGAUUUUAUAUACCGUUGCAAGGAUUUAAAAGAAAAAAAAAUUAACAAAAAAACAAAAAAAAAGAACAAAAAAAAACGAUAAGAAUUAAAAAUCAAA